AUGUCUGCUGCGCAAAAGGCGACUCGACACAAUGAGCUCGACGACCAACAACCUCACGUAGCCGCCGACCGCACCACCACCCCCGAGCCGACGUCCAACCAACAAGACGACCCACGCGCCGACGACCAUGACAAGGCCAGCCAUGUGCCCUCGGACUCCAGUGAUGCCGAAGAUGAAGACGGCGACGAUGAGGAAGAGGAUGAGCCACAUCUCAAGUACGACAAGCUCACAGCCGCUCUGGUGAGCGUCUAUCGCAAUGGCGAUGCCACCAGCUCGCUGUUCGUUGCUGGCGACAAGAUGGUCCUCGGUACCCACAAUGGAAACAUUCACACUCUUGCCCUGCCCUCGUUACACUCCCUACGCCUCUACCACGCCCACUCGGCCUCCAUUACCGCUAUCGAUGUCUCUCCUAGACCACAACCUGUCACCAACCUCCCUAAGCUGGACCGCUUGAACUCGAAUGCCUGGCGAGCCCCUCCGUUACCUGUACCCUCGUCGCGCAACCCCAAGCAAGCCCCUAACUUGCCUCCGACCCCUUCCAAUCUGAUCUAUAUCGCCACGGCUUCCAUCGAUGGCCAUGUUUGCGUCUCGUCGCUCGUCGACCCUAAGGAUGUUAGUCUUCGUAACUUUGCCCGUCCUGUCAAUGCCGUCGCUCUAUCGCCCGAGUACAAGACCGAUCGUACAUAUCUCUCUGGCGGUCUUGCUGGAAACCUCAUCAUGACUGCCGGUGCUAAGUCUGGUGUGAGUGCCGACGCCAACACGAACAGCGCCGCUGCUGCUGCCUCAGGUUGGCUUGGUUCUAUUGGUCUGGGACACAGUACAGGCAAGGACACCGUCUUGCACUCUGGCGAGGGUGCUAUCAGCACUAUUUCUUUCUCCAACAGUGGCCGUUUCGUCGUCUGGGUAAAUGAGCAUGGCAUAAAGAUCAUGCGCUCGCAUCUCAAGCUUGAAUCUCACGAAUCCGAAUCCGCCUGGAAGCGCAUUGCUCAUAUUGAUCGACCAAAUCGAAACGCUUGGCCUGACAUGGCUUCUGCCCCUCCAGAGAAGCUGCUUGUUGGUUGGGGUGAUACUGCGUGGUUGGUCCAUGUCUUCGCUUCGCGCGUUGCUGCUGGCAAGAAUGGUGUUCAGCGUUUACCAGGGCGCGCUGACAUCCUCCACAAACUGACCUUUGAAGAUUGCGUUGUGUCUGGGCUAUCGCUCUAUACCCCUUCUUUGCUUGCUGUUCUGGCUUAUCGCACGCGUGACGACCAAGACAAUCCAAUCCCUUCAUCUGUACAGGAUACUCCAAAGCGAGGCAGACAUCAUCGCCAAACAGGCCUACAACCCGAGCUUCGCUUGAUCAAUUUUGCAACUGGCGAAGAAGUCGAUGUUGAUACCCUCAACAUAAACAGAUUUGAAUCUCUAUCUGCUGCUGACUAUCAACUAACGUCUCUUUAUGUACCUCCACCGCCUCGUCUUGCUCCGGUACAGAAAGGUGCCCUGGAGAACUUUGGCGCUGGCUUGUGGGAUGCAGGUGCGAGUGCGACACGUCUUUUCAGUUCUGGCGCUAGCAUGAAGAGUCCACCACCUAGUGAAAGCGGGAGAACUGCUAUCAAAUCUCCAGCAGGAUCUGUUGGUGGCUCCCAGCUUGGUGUACCACCUCAAUCGGCUCCUGAUGCCAACCCUUUCCUUGCUCGAACAGGUCUCAAGCUCUUCGUCCACAGUCCCUAUGAUUGUGUUCUAGCUAUUAGGCGUGAGCUCUCAGAUCAUCUUAGCUGGUUGCUGGAGCGCAAACAGUACGGUAAAGCUUGGAGUCUGAUCGAUGAUCAUCCUGAAAUCGUCGGUAUACCCAGUGAUCGACAAUCCAUCCCUUCUUCGCCGAGUGGACCUACACGGGCGCAAAACAGUCUCGCAGACUUCUUUGCUGAUGAGGAUGUGUCUUCAACUACCAUGUCCCCUGAGAAGAUCCAAAACUCUAUCGCUACCAAGGAAAAACAACGAAUAGGAGACUUGUGGUUACAGCAGCUUGUCGCCAACGAUGAGUGGUCGACGGCAGGAAAAGUAGCUGGUCAGGUUCUCGGCACUUCUUCAAGGUGGGAAAAAUGGGUGUUGGCAUUUGCACAAGACGGUCAUUUUGACGAGAUCACGCCUUAUAUUCCCAGUACGGACAUGAAGCCGGCUUUGCCUUCAUUUGUGUACGAAGUCGUACUCGGCCACUAUAUCGGUCAUGAUCGACCACGAUUCCGCGAACUUCUAGAUCGUUGGGAUCCUGAACUGUUCGAUAUCACGAGUGUGAAGACGGCCAUUCAGAACAAGCUUGAUUCAAGCGACGUCAAUGAGGAGUCUGUCGAGGGCGGCGAGCGAGGAAGGGACUGGCGCAUUCUGCUGGACGGACUGGCAAAGCUCCACCUCGCCGAAGGCUGUACAACAGACGCCCUGCGCUGCUAUGUUCGACUCCAAAACGGCGAUGCGGCCAUGUCGUUGAUUCGCGAAUAUCAUCUAGCGGAUGCUGUCUCUGAUGAUAUUCCUGGUUUGUUGAUGCUUCGUGUUCCUAAAGAGCAAACGCAGACAGCGUCUCUGGAAGAACUCGAAGAAGCCUCGGCCGAAGUCGUUCGUCUACUGGUAGACGAAGCAUUUUCGGGCAAUGUCCGACCUGAAGUCGUUGUAUCACAGCUCGAGCAGCGUGGUUCAACCUACCAACCUUUCCUGUUUUUCUACCUUCGUGCUCUUUGGACGGGACGGGCGAGAGACGAAGAAGUCCCAAUGAGCCGAGUCGAGCGUAUGAAGCUUCAACAACAAGUAGAAGAAGGCAGAUUGCUGGUUGAACAGUACGGUGAUCUGGCGGUAACGCUCUUCGCACAAUACAACCGCGAUAUACUGAUGGACUUCCUGCGAUCUUCGACUUCAUACACGUAUGAAAAAGCGUCUCAUAUAUGUGAAGAGAAGCACUACAUUCCGGAGCUUGUAUAUCUCUUGAGUAAGACUGGACAGACAAAGCGAGCGUUGUUCCUGAUCAUCAGAGAGCUUGGCGACGUCAGUCAAGCCAUUUCGUUCACCAAGGAAAACCCUGAUCUUUGGGAUGACUUGCUGGACUAUAGCAUGGAUAAGCCAAAGUUCAUUCGUGCGUUGUUGGAAGAAGUUGGCACAUCUAUCAAUCCGAUCACAGUGGUGCGGCGGAUACCGAACGGGCUUGAGAUUGAGGGUCUAAGGGAAGGUAUCGGAAAGAUGAUACGCGAGUACGAGAUUCAGCACAGCAUCAGCGAUGGUGUUGCCAAAGUUCUGAGGGGUGAGGUCACAUCGGGCAUGGAUGUUCUCCGAGCAGGGCAAAAGAAGGCUGUCAAAUUCGAAGUGACGCAUGAAAAGCUUGAUGAGGUUGAGGUGCACGCUGACCCGGUUCCAAUUAUCAAUGGCGAUGGUAUGGACGCCGACGACACUGACCACGGCCCCAAGCCAGGGCACUGUGUUGGUUGUAAAGAUGCGUUCCAUCAAGAUGAGAGGGAAGCCCUUGUCGGAUUCAAUUGUGGCCACGUCUUUCACCUGUCUUGUCUCUUGGACCUCAAGACUGAAGCGGAUCAAGCUGAUGUCAAGAGAUUACAACGUCAAAGGCUCUCAGAGGACGAGGAACCCAUUGACACUGGCAAAAGUGUGCGGGCUAAAGUCGAGCACGCGCGCCAGAUAAAGCGGGCUGUCCAAGGUGGAUGCCCCGUGUGUACGCUGCCGGACGAGAGUGACUAG